GAGAGAGAGAGAGAGAGAGAGAGAGAGAGAGUGAGUCUUUGCCCUGUCUCUGGUUUAAGACAGGAGGAAGGCAGAUCUACCAUCCUUAGCUAAACCCAGAGAAGCACAUGCCCCUCCCCCAAACAGCUUCCGCAUUCACCCACCAAUGGGACAGUUUACCAAGAGAUAGCAGCAUCUUGGGCCCUUUGCCUGUGUCCAUACUUCAUAUGUGUAUUUUCUGAUGUCAGCCCUGAGAAGUACAGUUUUCACCACUUGAUACAUGAAGAUGAUAAGGCAAAGAGCAGGUAAUUAAUUCUUCUAGGUGGCGGAGCCAAGGUCUGACCUAGCCCAUAGCUCUACUGCAUGAUUUCCAGGUCACUAGAGGUCCCAGGACCCCAGACCUAACACCUGUGUAAGGAGAUGAUGCACUUGUCUCUUGGCCUAGAACCCUGGGCUUGUUUGAGAUUCCUUGAUACUCCUGACCUCACACCCGGGUUUCCAGCUGCUAAAUUCAGCUGCCUUUUCCUCUUGGGGACCUAGCACACACCCUUCCUCUUUCUCCAGGCUGCCGCUCCAACUUCCCUUCCUGAUAGCACAGAAAUAUGCUCCCCCACCUCCUUGACUGAGCUGAUCUCUCCUAGAAUCCUCUGCCCGUCAUGGUCUCAGCUUGGUACGAGCACCCACAGAGGAUGGUCCUCCCAGCUUCACCCCCUGGCCUGCAGGGUCGGCUUCAUGCACUGCAUCAGGCCACCUGGCUUGCCCGGCACCCAGAAGAGGUUACUGAGCCCCGGGCCAUGGUCCCCUCUCGCAGGACGUGGAACUUGGGAGCCACGCCUUCACUGCGAGGCCUGUGGAGAGUGGGCCGGGUCCAGGAGCCCAAGCCCGGGAUGGCUCGCCCCGCCCCAGCCAGCCCAGCCGCCCGCCCUUUCCCACACACCGGCCAGGGGAGGUUGAGAACUGGGCGUGGAAAAGAUAUUCUACCCAGUGGCGAGGAAGACUCCACUUCUCGGACUGCAGCUCGCCCGUCUCUUGCACAGUGUCGAGCCCUCAGCGUGGACUGGCCUGGCCCUAGGAGUCCCCAUAGACUCUACCUGACAGUGCAGGUGGGCGGCUCUUUGGCAUCGGGAGGUGCUCAAGCCUGUCCGGGGCACCAGGCCCAGACCCCGUGGUACAUAGGACCGUGGAGGCCAUGUCCCAGCUUCAGGAGGAGCUGGUAGUCCUUCGGGAGAGGCUGGCCCUCCACGACAGUGACCGGCAAGCCACAACCACCCAGCUGCAGAACCAGGUGGAGAAUCUAAAGGAAAAGCUCAUUAGCCAGGCCCAGGAAGUGAGCCGACUGCGAUCAGAACUGGGAGGCACGGACGCGGAGAAGCACAGGGACAGACUGAUGGUGGAGAAUGAGCAGCUGAGGCAGGAGCUGAGGCGCUGUGAGGUCGAACUGCAGGAGCUUCGGGCCCAGCCGGUGGUGCCCUGCGAGGGCUGUGAGCACAGCCAGGAGAGCAGCCAGCUCCGUGACAAGCUGUCCCAGCUGCAGUUGGAAGUGGCUGAGAACAAAGGCAUGCUGUCGGAACUGAACCUGGAGGUGCAGCAGAAAACGGACCGGCUGGCAGAGGUAGAGCUGCGCCUCAAGGACUGUCUGGCUGAGAAAGCCCAGGAGGAGGAACGGCUCAGCCGGCGCCUGCGUGACAGCCAUGAGACUAUCGCCAGUCUGAGGGCCCAGUCCCCACCUGUUAAGUAUGUCAUCAAGACAGUGGAGGUAGAGUCUUCCAAGACCAAGCAGGCCCUCAGCGAGUCCCAGACCCGGAACCAGCACCUGCAGGAGCAAGUGGCCAUGCAGCGGCAGGUGCUGAAGGAGAUGGAGCAGCAGCUACAGAACUCCCACCAGCUGACAGUCCAGUUGCGGGCUCAGAUUGCCAUGUAUGAGGCAGAGCUGGAGCGGGCACACGGGCAGAUGCUGGAGGAGAUGCAGUCCUUGGAGGAGGAUAAGAACCGGGCCAUUGAGGAGGCCUUUGCACGGGCCCAGGUGGAGAUGAAGGCAGUACACGAGAACCUGGCAGGUGUCAGGACCAACCUGCUGACGCUGCAGCCUGCGCUGAGGACCCUCACCAACGACUACAAUGGGCUCAAGCGGCAGGUGCGGGGCUUCCCCUUGCUGCUGCAGGAGGCUCUCAGGAGUGUCAAAGCUGAGAUCGGCCAGGCCAUCGAGGAGGUUAAUAGCAACAACCAGGAGCUGUUGCGCAAGUACCGCCGGGAACUACAGCUGCGCAAGAAAUGCCAUAACGAGCUGGUCCGGCUGAAGGGAAACAUCCGGGUGAUUGCCCGAGUCCGGCCAGUCACCAAGGAGGAUGGAGAAGGACCCGAGGCAACCAAUGCUGUGACCUUUGACCCUGAUGAUGACUCCAUCAUCCACCUGCUGCACAAGGGCAAGCCCGUGUCCUUCGAGCUGGACAAGGUCUUCUCCCCGUGGGCUUCCCAGCAGGACGUGUUCCAGGAGGUGCAGGCCCUCAUUACCUCCUGCAUCGAUGGCUUCAAUGUCUGUAUCUUUGCUUACGGCCAGACAGGUGCCGGCAAGACAUAUACAAUGGAGGGGACUCCCGAGAACCCGGGCAUCAACCAGCGGGCCCUGCAGCUGCUCUUCUCGGAGGUGCAGGAGAAGGCGUCUGACUGGCAGUACAACAUCACCGUCAGCGCAGCUGAGAUUUACAAUGAAGUCCUCAGGGACCUGCUGGGGAAAGAGCCUCAGGAGAAGCUGGAGAUCCGACUGUGCCCGGAUGGCAGUGGGCAACUGUAUGUGCCAGGGCUGACUGAGUUCCAGGUGCAGAGCGUGGAUGACAUCAACAAGGUGUUUGAGUUUGGCUACAACAACCGCACCACCGAGUUCACCAACCUGAACGAACACAGCUCCCGCUCCCACGCUCUGCUCAUCGUGACAGUGAGAGGUGUGGAUUGCAGCACAGGCCUCCGCACCACGGGGAAGCUGAACCUGGUGGACCUGGCUGGUUCAGAGCGUGUGGGCAAGUCGGGGGCUGAGGGCAACCGCCUGCGAGAGGCACAGCACAUCAACAGGUCACUAUCCGCCCUGGGGGACGUCAUUGCUGCCCUGCGUUCUCGACAAGGCCAUGUGCCCUUCCGCAAUUCCAAACUCACCUACCUGCUGCAGGACUCACUCAGUGGUGACAGCAAGACCCUUAUGGUGGUACAGGUGUCCCCAGUGGAGAAGAACACCAGCGAGACUCUGUACUCCCUCAGAUUUGCUGAGAGGGUUCGCUCUGUGGAGUUGGGCCCUGGGUCCCGCCGCACAGAGCUGGGUUCCUGGUCAAGCCAGGAGCACCUGGAGUGGGAGCCGGCUUGCCAGACACCACAGCCUACAGCACGAGCCCACUCUGCCCCUGGCUCUGGGACCAGUAGCCGCCCAGGUUCCAUCCGAAGGAAACUGCAGCCGUCAGCCUGACAGCUGGGGCUGCAGUCUCCAGGGAAGUUGAGGCCAGUGCCUGUGUGAAGAUGUGCCACGCUGCCAGGCCCUGUGGCCUGGCGACCUGCUGUAACACCCACCUACCAUGAAUGCAGGAGAUGGAGGCUCUCCCGCCCUGCCUCUCCUCAGAGAUGAGAAACAUGUUCAGAAGGAAGCGAGUCUCUGUGUGGCUCUGGGCACCCAAGCAUGGGGCUUCUGGAAGGGCAGGGAUGGCACUCUGCCUGGUGGUAGGCUUGGGAGUCUAGCCGUUGCUGGGAGGGUGGGCUCUCUCCCCACCUGGCCCUUGGGCUGGACUGUUCUCUACUAGUUGAGAAGACUUGAGGAACCAGCUGGGGGGUUAGGGAGAGCAAGAGCAUCUCUAUCUACCCUCCUGAGGAGGGGAGCCCUCACAGGGCAUGUAUAUAAUGUUCUAGGUGUAUAUAGAAGUCCUCACCCUGUCAGAGGUCUGGGCUAUAUUUAUGGCUGGCAGAGGCCAGUGUGGAAGGGCUGGGUUCUGUUCAUCUGCCUGACACCAGGCACUCUCCCUGCCCACUGAUUCUCAACAUGUUCCUCUCCCCAAAUCCUAUUUAAGAACUUUUGGAAGCUUAGCCAUUUUUACUUAUUAAAAUGAAUGUCUUUUUACACAA